UUUAAUGUAAAAAAACAUCAGGGCAGUUUUGUUUCUUUUUGUAAUGAUAGAUUACUUGGAUUUUUCUAUCAGGUUUAAAUAAAAUUCACACGAAGAAUUCGUUCUGGGGUUUUGACACGGACACUGACAUGAACAUUUCCUAAAACCUUGUCAUCAAAAAUCCCCCUUGCGCGUUCAGUCAGACGUGGUGUUCUAGCUGCAGAUGGUUUUAUUUGGAGGCGCCCUCCCAUCCAACCGGACUCAGUAGUGGAGAGAAGUUUAGCAACUCAGCGCGCUGAGAGAAGCGAGUCCCAUUUUCCGUUGGCAGGAGAGUCACUAGCCGUGCCGAACAGAGCCGAGCAAACAGACAGACCGAUAGAGUCGCUCCGGUGGAGGGACAGGAGAGCAGAGGAGAACUGGCUCUUUCCGGUGCCCGCUGGCUGUCCGCUAACCAUAGUCUGUUGUGAUGCGCAUUCCCGUAGAUCCCAGCGCCACGCGGAGGUUUAGCCCGCCGUCCAGUAGCCUCCAGCCGGUCCCGGCCAAGAUGAACGAGCUCAACACUCCGACCGGGACCGGACAGCAGAACAGCACGGUUCCAAGGCUGCGUCCUCAGGAGAACCGCAGCAUGGCAGAGAUCAUAGCGGACCACCCGGCCGAGCUGGUCCGGACUGACAGCCCGAACUUCCUCUGCUCGGUCCUGCCCUCUCACUGGCGCUGCAACAAGACGCUACCCGUCGCCUUCAAAGUUGUGGCAUUGGGAGAGCUGACUGAUGGGACGGUCGUCACUGUGAUGGCAGGGAACGAUGAGAACUAUUCAGCGGAGCUGCGGAACGCAUCUGGGGUGAUGAAGAACCAGGUGGCUCGCUUCAACGACCUGCGCUUCGUAGGCCGCAGCGGACGGGGAAAGAGCUUCACGCUGACCAUCACAGUGUUCACCAACCCUCCCCAAGUAGCAACGUACCAUCGGGCCAUUAAAGUCACCGUGGACGGACCCCGCGAGCCACGGAGACAUCGUCAGAAGAUAGAGGAGCUUCCUAAAACAGGGCUGUUCUCAGACCGUCUCAGUGAGCUGGAGAGGAUCAGACAGACAACCAUGAGGGUUGCCCUGCCGACACAACCCCAACGACAGCCGCUCAACACCGGACCCAACUCCUUCAACCUCCAGGGACAGACACAGAUACCAGACCCUCGCCAGUCUCAGUCAUCUCCUUCCUGGUCCUAUGAGCAGCCCUACCCGUCCUACCUGAAUCCCAUGACCUCCCCCUCCGUCCACUCCACCACCCCCCUCUCCUCCAGCCGAGCCACUGGCCUGCCCAACAUCACUGACGUGCCCCGACACCUGCCAGGUUCGUCAGACCUCAGUCCGUUCCCAGGUCAGUUUGAGCGUCAGUUCCCGGGUCUCUCCUCUCUGACGGAGUCUGGUUUCUCAAGUCCCAGAAUGCACUACCCCACCACCUUCACCUACACCCCUCCUGUCACCUCCGCCAUGUCACUAGGCUCCGCCCACUACCACACCUACCUGCCCCCUCCCUACCCUGGUUCCACCCAGAGUCAGAGUGGACCCUUCCCGACCAGCAGCACUCCUUAUCUCUACUAUGGAGCCUCCUCUGGGUCGUACCAGUUCUCCAUGGUUCCCGGGGGGGACCGCUCCCCCUCCAGAAUGGUUCCUCCCUGCACCAGCGCCUCCACCGGCAGCUCCCUGGCUAACCCUAACCUGCCCAGCCAGGCAGAUGGGGGGGUGGAGGGGGAUGGGAGUCACAGCAACUCCCCCACCAUACUCAACCCUGCUGGGGGACGCAUGGAUGAAGCUGUCUGGAGACCUUACUGAGGAGAAAAGGAGGAAGAGGAGGAGGAAGAGGAAGAGGAAGAGG